AUGACUGAACCUAGUAUUAAUUUCCAUAUUCAAACGCACCAGCUGCAAUUUAGGAUACCUAUUGAGCUAAUCAAGAAGAAUUUCAAGGUGAUUCAGAAACUCAUUGAGAAGCAAAAGAAACAGUUGAUUGAUGAUGUUACCAAGAUCAAAAAGAAUUCGGUUAUGCCCAAGACCAUGAAGUUGGAGAUAAUACGCAAAUUGAUCAAGAAUUUCGAACUAUUUCGUAAAAAAUUAAAAGUGUUGAUUGAGAAAGAUGAGGAAUAUCGAAGUCGCUUGCUUGCUAGGCUUGAAAACGUUAAUGAAUUAACCCAGUUUUGUAGGAAAAAUGGCAACAGAUGUGUGAAUGGCGGCUCGACUCUAGAGAAUGACGAAAUGAGGGAAAAAACCACCGAUAUUAAUAAUAGUAAUAAAGGUAAUGGUAUUGGUAAUGACGAUAACGAUAACGAUAACGAUAACGAUAACGAUAACGACGAUAAUACGGUUGAUGUUGAUGAUGACGGCGAGUUGGACUUGAAAAACCCACAUUUGAUUACUUGGUAUCGAGAUCAGACAAACUUGCUCAUUGUUGAUUAUUUAAUCAAGUCAAAUUUACAAAACUCAAAGGGAGAUGAAAAUAUAGGCAUAAUUCUACUUGAUAGUCUAUGCAAGACGAAUCCCAAGUUACGGAAAUUGAUUGAUUACGAUUUAUUUCAAGAUUUCAACAAGAUCUUUUUAUCCAUUAUACAAGACCAUGAACUAACACUCGUUGUAAAUUGGUUCAACGAGAACAAAUCUCAACUUAAAAAGAAUCGGUCAAAUUUGGAGUUUGAAAUAAACUAUUGUAAAUUCUUAACAUUGAUUGAAGUUGGCAAUAUUAAUGAAGCAAUCAAGUUCUCAAGAGAUAACUUAUCGAGUUACGGAAAUAAAGAAAACUAUCAGUCUACAGGGGACUAUGAGAACCAUUUAAUGAAUUUGGAAAAAUUGAAAGGAUUAGGUGGAUUACUAGUAUUUAGAUCUAUGGAAAGUUUUGAUGCCAACGUGAACAAUACCAUUUGUGGCGAAAGCAAUAAAGACUCUAAUGCAAUGUUGCCAUUUUCAAACAAAUUUAUGCUUCAACACCCAUAUUUCAGAGAAUAUCAAAAGCUCUUAUCAAAUGAAAGGUGGCAAAGCUUGGCACAAUGCUUUAUUGAGAAUUUUAUCAAGUUAUAUGGUAUUAGUAAGAAUUAUCCCUUGUUUAUAUACCUUUCUGCAGGAUUGUCCAGUUUGAAAACGAAAUCGUGCUAUUGCAACUAUGAAAACACUAUAUUCACCAAGGAUAAUGACCUAGGGCUUAUCUCACCAACACAUCGAGAUCAAACAUCGUCUUUGGAGAAAAAAGGAUAUUCAACAGUAAUGUAUGAAAAUAAUAACAACAAUAAUAACAAUAACAAUAACGAUGUUAGGGCGAGAUCAACCAGAUUCCCCGUCCCUACACCCAGUAGCAUACAAGAAUCGGGUCAAAGAACAGAUGCACUGUUGUCCAGCCAACAAAAGCCACAAGCGUCCAUCCUUGUUGAACAUCAAAACCAACCAUUGUUUACAAAUAAGAAAUUGCGAGGACCAGACCAAUAUUAUAGAUUAUUGGGGAAGAUCAACAAUUGCCCUAUUUGUUCACCUGAAAUGUUUCAACUCAGUAAGAAUUUACCUUUUGCGCAAUUAAUUACUAGUGUCUCCCUGGAACCUUUUAAAUUGCCCAAUGGCAAUAUUUACCCAUUUGAUAAAUUGCUCACACCUAAUGAUAAAUACCUUUCUGAAAGAAAUGAUUUAUUGAGACAGGGUAAAGUCAAAGAUCCAUUAACACAAGAGAUCUUUAUGAUUGAUCAUUGUCAACGUGUGUAUCCUGCAUGA